GUCGGCGUGAACCGUAACAUGGGCGAAUCACCGUCCUUUAAAUGGCCCCGAGCCUAAGCAACAACAUAACGUCGUGCUUUAGGAUGGAGAGUUACAAUAAGCAGUUGAACAGAGUGAGAUUGUUGAAAUAUUUAAUGGAAUAAACGAGAGGUUGAGGAUAUGCGAUUAUUUUCAGUAGUACCUGUUAUGGACUGGAGAGCUCCCCGCCCCCGCGAUUAUACUGAGGAAAGGCGCCGUGUUGUGUUUGUGGGAGGGGCAGUUACUGUGACCCAUGACCCCCAGCUCGCGCGAUCACCGUUACCUCCUGCUGCCAGCUUCCAAUGGGUCUCGCGGCCGGGGUCACUCACUGAUGAUGGGGGAGCCCGCGAUGGACUGGAGUCACUUAGAUCUGAAUCCUAAAGUGGUGGCUGCUGUUAAGCGAGCAAACAUCCAAACAAUGAAAGAAAUCUUAUGUCUUUCGGGACCAGAUCUGCAGAGACUCACUAAGUUGUCCAGUUCUGAUGUGCAAUAUUUGCAUAAAACUGUUGCAGCAACAAUAAAGAGUGAUCCUGUGGUAACAGCCCUGCAAAUAUACAAUGGAGAAUGUCCUUUUCCAACCCAGAAGCGAAAACUUAGCAUGGGUUGUCCAGUCGUGGACUCACUACUUGGAGGUGGAAUCCCAUUAAUGGGAAUUACUGAAAUAGUUGGUGAGAGUUCAGCAGGCAAGACACAAAUUUGCAUGCAGCUGUCCCUGUCUGUACAGUUUCCAUGUAGCUAUGGUGGACAAGAUGCAGGAGCUGUGUAUAUUUGUACAGAGGAUACUUUUCCAAAUAAACGAUUACAGGAAUUGAUUGCCUUUCAAUCCAUGUUACGAACUGAAGUGCCGCCCGAUGUUGUCAACAAUAUUAAGUUUGGUAACAACAUUUUUAUUGAACAUGUUGCAGAUGUGGAGUCCUUAAAUCACUGCAUUAGCAAAAGACUACCAAUCUUACUGUCACGAGGCUUGAUACGCCUAGUGGUGAUUGAUUCAAUUGCAGCUUUAUUCAGAUGUGAAUUUGGAGUCAGCGAUUCGAUUGCCAAGGCCAAAUAUCUUCAGAAAAUUGGAGCCAUGCUCCACCACCUCAGCCAUCAGUUCAGUAGUCCUGUCAUCUGUAUCAAUCAGAUUGCAGACGUGGUAAAUGACUCUCAUUUGGCUCAGGGUAAUUUUGGCUUAUUAGAUAAAAAAGUGCUACCAGCUCUGGGUGUGACUUGGUCCAAUCAGCUCUUGAUGAGGCUAAUGGUUAGUCGGACACAACUCUGUGUUGAAGGCAAAUUUCCUGUCAACAAAGCCUGUAUCUUGAAUUCUGGGACUGUCCUACGCAGAAUGGAAAUCAUUUUUGCACCUCAUCUUCCUCAAUCAUUCUGCAACUAUAUAAUCUGCAAGGAAGGGGUAAGGGGAAUAAGGAAAGUAGGACUAUAACCGGGGCCAUUGGAAAAUCUGUAUUUUCUUUCUCCUCUAUUUUUAUUUUUCCCAAACUUAUUUUCAGUAUUUUCUGAAAGCAAAAUAUUGUGGAUGCUGGAAAUCUGAAAUAGGAACAGAAGGUUCUGGAGAAACUCAGCAAGUCUGGCAACAUUUGUUGUGAGAAAUAGAGCUUGGAACUUUCCGAAGAAUAACCUUUGGACUGUUAUUUUUAUUUUCUCCCACAGAUUGUGCCAGACCUGCUGGUUUCUUAGCAUGUUCUGUUUCCCCUCAAUACUCUUGCUUCAUUGCCAGUCACCGUUCAUAUACAAAUGAAUUUAAUAUUGCUGGCUGGUCCAGUCUGCCCAAAAGAAGUCACUCUGUUUCAUUUAAAGGGUCUGACUUUAACCAAUAUAGAUCAAUAUGGCAGUUCUAGAAGGGUCACCAUUUCUAGUUCCAUUAAUUGUGUUAAUUUCUAAUCAUUGCAUUGCUGAAAGUUCUGCUUAUAUGAAAUUAAAUAGGCAGAUUUUAUCAAAAUAUUAUUAACAUUUUAUUACAUUAUUUUGCAAGUUUUCUCUGACUGUAGUAACAUUAUGUACCUAAGAUAUGACAUUCCUAAUAUUCAAAAUAUUCUUUUCUCCCCCCAUUCGACUGCUGUAAUGCUCUGAUUUUUCUGAUGUCUUGACAAACUUUCAGAGUCUGGGUCUUUAAAAUCAGAACCUCCUUUUUUUUUUAGAAACUGUGAAUUAAUCCUUUUAAAAAUUCUUCCAAUGGGGGUUACGUAGUAAGUCAACAUUUUCAAUCCUAAGUUGUUCUUUGAUAUCUGCUGCAUUGCAUGAAAAUUGAUAAAGAAUUCUCAAGCUGAUUAGUCAGUCAUGGUACUAAACAUGUGACUGUUGUAUGUUCUACGAGCUAGUCUUUGAAAAAAUUAACUUCUACAAUAUAGAUUUUGUUUCUUUAAAAUUAUAGUAAAUAUGCAAAAUACUUCCAAACUACUCUUAGUUCAAGGAUAAUCUCAUUUUUGAUUGAUCAACAUUCAAUGAUCACUUCUUUUCUUUGCAAAUGAUUUAAAUUAUUGCCGUUUAAAUAAAAGUUUUAUGUGCUUUAGAACCAGUAUUCCAACUUAAAUAAGACUGCUCCCUCCAAAUGGUCAGUUGCUGAUUAAACAUUAAACAGAAAUGAUUGUGAUAUUUAAAGAAGAUUCUGCAACACAGCAGAUGAUCUUUGAUCAGAUCCAAAUGUUGAGUUCAAUAAGCAAACAAAAUCCCUAAUAUUAAUAAUUUAAUUGAAAUACCCUAUUUGAGACCAAUAGAAUGUAGAGUUGACUUUUAUUUUCUGAAAAAGUUUCCUGUUAUUACACAUGUCCUACAGUAUA